UGCGGCGCACGGUCCGCAGUUUGAAAGUUCCCCGUCAAAACAUUCUUAUAUAUUCAAACACGAGACACGCCUUUUAUCCAAAUAUGCUUUCAUCCCAUUCACACGCAAAUCACAAUCCUAUUCCUCACUUGAUGCCGCCAUCCAAAUCCAAAACUCUCGAGCUCACACUUUUAUCCGUGGAGGGUCUCCGCGUCAGGGGGAAGCCGUCCGACAAGAGCGCCUUCGCGGUGGUUCACGCCGAGUCUCUCACCCACCACACGACGGCCACGGCCAAGGGCAACAACGGCUUCCACGAGUGGAACCAGAAGUUCAUGGUGGAGAUAGGGGCCUACGCCAGGUCCCUCACGUUCCAAGUUAAGAGCAAGACGGGAAUGGGAGCAAUGAGAGACGUUGGCGUUGCCAGAAUCGCGCUUUCGGAUUUCUUGGGAGGCUUGGUGCCCGAUCACUGUUUGCAGUUUUUGUCUUACAGGUUGAGGGAUUGGGAUGGAAGGGAAUGCGGGAUCGUUAAUUUCUCCGUCAGGGCGGUGCCGUCUUCGUCUUCGUCUUCGUCUUCGUUGUCAAGUGGA